AUGUCGCCUACGCCACCUUCGGUGGAUGCGUCUGCUUCAACACCCGGCCAUGGGAAUGGCAAUUCCAACGAUGAUCGGACCAGACGUAAUGUAGCCAAACUAGAACAACUUGAACAGGAGUUGAAAAGCAUCAAGCAAGUCGUCCAGCCUGCAGCCAAUGGGUCCCAAUCCGUAUGGACGCCGCCAAGCCCGCGUGCUGCCAUCCCAGCACUUCCGGACCAACGAACCGGAUCCGCAGCCGGUAUCAUCACAACUACAUCGCAGGUGCCAACACCUCAACCAGAAUCAUCCACCAGUCAAGGACGGUCGGCGCAAAGCUCCGAGCGGCGGUUGAAGACUGGUCCCACGGAGGCUCGUAUUCUCGGAAACCACAUUGUGUCUGGGGAGGAUAUCGACUGGUACUUUGCAAAAUACCUACAACACUUUCAUAGAUACAUCCCGGUCCUACGAAAAAAGGACCCAGACGAGUGCUAUGAGGCGAACCAAACGCUCUUCUGGCUCAUCAUAUACGUCGCCUGUCGACGGUAUGCCAGAGACCGCUCGCUCUUCCCCCUGUUGACAGACCACCUGGAAAAGAAUAUAUGGACAAUGUCAUCAGCGCCGGCAUUAGAUUUCGAUGCCGUGCAUGCCCUCUUGAUCAUGUGUACCUGGCCGAUGCCCAACAUCCGGUUCGUUGCAGAUCCAUCACCAACUUUCGCCGGCAUGGCAACCACCACAGCCUUAGGACUAGGUUGUCAUACAGGCCAGGGGACGAACCCCCAGUUCCUGGUUGGCUUGCGUCAGAAUUUCCAUGCUACAGACGAAGAAGCCGGUUCUACAUGGCUAGCAUGUUGUAUGUUGUCACAACGAACCUCCGCAGGCAUUGGCAUUCCACCACCAUCAAUACAACACAGCGACUUCAAAGCCAAAGCCAGCCUCGACUCCCCCCAAUGGAUAGACCUCAUAAUCCUACACGACGUGCAACGCUUCCUCAACCGCUUCCACACAAGCAUGUUCACCCAAAUCACAGCCCACGGCGGCGUCCACGAAUCCGAAGUAGCCAUGUGGGAAACGGAAUUCGAGUCCCUCAAACCCCUCAUCAACAAAUACGACUCAGAUAUAUCCCGCUUCUGCCUGCUAGCAGCACAGCUCGAAAUCCAACUAUGCUACUUCAUAUCCCCGCCCAACACCACCGUCCCAUCCAUAAAAUCCCACGCCGUCCGCGUCUUCAACACGGCACGCUCCAUCGUCGCCCACAGCCUCGACCUCGAAACCCGCAUCCAGUUCCUCACCCACUGCCCCCAGUGGGCUAUCCGCACAAACGUCGACGCCGCAUGCAUCAUCAUCUCCAUCCUCCACUCCGACUGCUCCCCCGGCAUGACCGAGCCAGACGCCCACCUCCUCGUCCAACAGGCCUGCGGCGUCGUGCUCCGCGCCUCCGUGCGCGACGCGGACCUCGCUCACCGGGCUAGCAUCAUCAUGGAAACCUUUUGGAGUAUUCGUAACUUGGCGCCUAGUUUUGGCGGGGCGCCAGGUGCGCGACCGGAUCGGUCCUCUGCAGGCGUCACGUUCUGGUGUUUGAAUAAGUUUCGUACCGCGCUGAGAGAUGCCCAGAAUAGUACGGAUAGAGUAAAUAAGGCGCUGGAGCUGAUGCAGGGACGAAGUGCAAGCGAUAAAAAUACUGCCAAUGUACAGCCUAAUAAUGGCCAGGCUCAACCUGGGAACCUGUCGUCGGACCCUAUUCAAGAUGUAGAUUGGUCCAUGUUCAUGGAUGACUUUGGAUGGGUAAGCGACGACACUGUGUUACUGGGAUUACCUUGA